AUGACUGGAAUUUUUACUUUGGCCUUGACUCUUUAUGAGAAGGAUGGUGAGGAAUUCUUGACCCAACAACCUUGGAUGGUCCUUUUGGCUUUAGCCCAUUUACCUAAGACUAAGAAAUACCAACCUCGUUUUGACAAAUAUGGGGAUGUGAUCAAGGAAGACGGAAUGUGGAAUGAGAAGCAUCAUCAUGAAGGGAAAUGGUUGGCAACCAUGUCUAGCCCUAAGAGGGACUUGCACUAUGUGGAGCGCAAGGAUGAACCUAGGAGGAAAUCUGUGAAAAUUCCCGCGAUCCCAAAAGAUCAAACCUUUGUACCUAAUGACCAAAUGUACUUCUUAAAUGCCCAAGUACCUUUUUCAUACCCAAAGAAGCGACAUGAGUAUGUGGAAUCUAGUGAUGAGUCCAUACCACCUCUUGGUAGGAGCAAGCAUUACCGUUCUCUUAGCCAAACUCCAAGCUAUGAAUCUUCCAAACAACCUAGCCUAAAAGCCCAUUUCCAUGUUGCAAAAAGGCCCAAAACUCGUUCUCAAACUGCAAAAAGAAAGAGCCCAAAACCCCAAAGCUUCUUCAAGCCAACCUCGUGGGGAUGGAGGACCCAACCAAACUGGAUUAGGGAGUUUGACAAGCUGUUUGAUGCUAUCAAUUGCCCAAGUGAGCUGAGGGUGAACAACGGGGUUUACUACUUGAGGGAGGAAGCUGACUUAUGGUGGGCCCAAAGAAAGGAUGAGUUGCUGAAAAGACCAAGAUUUGGGUGGGAUGAGUUUAAGGAAGCCUUGAGAGAAACGUUUUACCCUUCCUACCUUAGAAAAAAGAAGUGCAUGGAGUUUACUAACCUGAGAAUGGGAAACGUAUCAAUCAGUGAAUACUACAAUAAGUUCAUUGAGUUGAUGAGGUUUGCCCCAGAAGUAGUUCUUACUAAAACCAUCAAAGCUCAGAGAUUUGAACAAGGCCUAACCUUUACCCUUCAAGGGAAGCUAGGGGGAGUGACCUUUGAGACCCUGGAUGAAGUCUAUGGCCGUGCAGCCCAUCUGUAUGGAAUUAAGGGGAGAAAGAUAGAGCAGGUAGGAGAGAAAAGGAAGAACCCGGACUCUUUUCACGGGGGUGAAAAGAGGCACAAGCCCAAUGGGAAUUACCAAGGGAAUUCUAGAGAUAGGAGGGACAACAAGGGAAACUUUGGGAAGGGGUCGUCACAUUCUUUUAUUUCUAAGAAAGUAGUUGGGAGUCUCAGGUUAGAGAGUACCGAGUCAGUUUCUCUAGAUGUGUCUAUUCCGUCUGGGAAAGUGAGGAGUUGUUCGAGAUUGUUUCUGAGUGUGCCUAUUUCCAUCUCUGGGGUAGAGUUUCUGGCCAAUUUGAUCGAGUUUGACUUGAAUGACUUUGAUGUGAUUCUGGGUAUGGAUUGGUUGGGAAAUGUUCAAGAGGUUGAAAGUAAGGAAAAGAAAGGCGAAGAGGGUAUUCCUAUUGCAGAAGAGUUUCAAGAUAUGUUUCCAGAUGAGAUUCCUGGUAUGCCACCAGGAGCUCCUGUAUUGUUUGUGAAGAAGAAAGAUGGAAGCAUGAGGUUGUGUAUAGAUUAUCGAGAGUUGAAUAAGGUGACAGUGAAGAAUAAGUUUCCAUUACCAAGGAUCGAUGAUUUGUUUGACCAGUUGAAGGCAACAGGGACCAAUGCACCUGCAGUGUUCAUGGAUUUGAUGCAUAGGAUUUUCAGGCUAUACUUUGACAAGUUUGUGGUAGUGUUUAUUGAUGAUAUUUUGGUCUAUUCAAUGGAUAAAGAAGAACAUAAGGAGCAUUUGAGACAAGUGUUGUCAUGUUUGAGGGAGCAUCAGUUUAGACCCAAGCAAGAUCGAGCUGUGAGUGAUUGGCCUACCCGAAAGAAUGUAUCGGAUGUAAGGAGUUUCUUGGGUUUAGCUGGCUAUUACAGAAGGUUUGUGAAGGAUUUUUUAAGGAUUUCAAAGCCCAUGACAAGUUUGAUGAAAAAGGAGCAUAAGUUUUUGUGGACUCCAGAGUGUGAGGAGGCGUUUAAGAUCUUGAAAGAAAAGUUAACCACAACACCUGUGCUGGCUUUGCCGGAUGAAAGUGAUCUAUAUGACUUGUAUAGUGAUACAUCGAAGUUGGGAUUAGGAUGUGUGUUGAUGCAAAAUCGAAGAGUGAUUGCUUAUGCCUCAAGGCAUUGGAAGGUUCACGAAGGGAAUUACCCAACCCACAAUUUUGAGUUAGCUUCAAUAGUGUUUUCCGUGAAGAUUUGGAGACAUUACUUGUAUGGGGUGACUUGUAGGAUUUUCACAGACCAUAAGAGUUUGAAGUACAUUUUCACCCAGACGCACUUGAAUGGGAGGCAGAGACGAUGGUUGGAGUGUAUGAGUGAUUAUACAUUAGAUAUUUAG